AUGGAUAGCAUAUUACAAAAUUACAAUUCAAAAUUUAUGUACAGAGUGCCUGACGGAUUACGAGAAUUGUGCAAAGAUAUUUCUCACAAGGUUUUGCGCAGUCAGCCAACAAAUAUUUAUCAUUUUAUCGCUGAUUAUGUUGACGUACUUUUAAUUACACGAGACAAUACGAAAGUGGCAAUUAAUGUUGUAAAUAAUAUUGUGGAGAGCAGUGAAUUUAUUAUUAAUACUCUGGACUCUAUGGGAUUGGACUUGAAACAAAUUGCUAGAGUAGCACCGAAAUUACAACAAGCGUUUCGUGAUUAUUUGGACGCCAAUCAUAAAUCAUAUUAUGAGAGCGGAAUUACUAUGAAAAAAAUUAUUGAUAAUGCUAGUAUUGAAUCGGAUCAAGCUCAAAAAGCAGCUACCACUAUUCAAGUAAUGUUAUAUGUUUCAUAUUUAUUUUAUGAGAUGUAA